AUGAAUAGAGGUGACUCGAGCAACCAAGUCACCAGCAUCUGCCGCUUCCUCACCCUCCUCGCCCAGACAACAUGCCUCGAAAUCUUUCCUCGACCGUGGCCGCCCGAUUACCACCUUCCCGCCUCCGCUCCGCCAUAUUUCCACCCUGAUGAGAGAAGUAUCGAACACAUAUACGGAAUCACCCCCGAACUCGCCAGCCUACUGCACAAAACGUGUCGAAUCGCAGAACACCUCGCCUUCUACCGCCAGCAGGCAGGUAUACCGACCCCUGCGUCUAUUUGCGCAGCGCACAAGAUACUGGGCGAGGCUAUUAUGGCCUAG